AUGGUAGUCAAUGGAAAGAAGGAUCAGGAGAGGUAUGCAGUGGUCACCGGAGCCAACAAGGGCAUCGGCCUCGAGACCGUCCGGCAGCUUGCGAACGCAGGCGUGACGGUGAUGUUAACAGCCAGAAAUGAGAAGAAGGGUAUGGAAGCCACCUCAUUGCUCCGCCAAUCGGGUUUGUCGAACGUGGUCUUCCAUAAGCUUGAUGUUCAAGACCCGGAGAGCGUAGAAUCAUUGGCCCAGUUCAUACAAACCCAGUUUGGGAGGCUUGACAUAUUUGUAAACAAUGCUGGAGCUCCUGGAGCAACGGUGGACAUGGAUGCCCUAAUGGCCCUUAACAUAGAUCCUAAAUCAUGGCUCUCAGGCAAGGCAGCCAACUUGGUUCAAGGUUUCAUAAAGAUAACAUAUGAAUCAGCAAAAGAAUGUUUUGACACCAAUUACUAUGGUUGCAAGAGAGUAGCAGAGGCUCUUCUUCCACUUCUACAGCUUUCUAGAUCAGGAGCAAGGAUAGUGAAUGUCUCUUCCCUCAGGGGUGAAUUGAGGCGGAUUCCCAGUGAGCAGAUACGAAAAGAACUUGGUGAAAUAGACACUGAAACUGAAGCGAAAAUCGGUAGGAUACUGGAAAAAUUCUUGCACGAUAUAAAGCAAGACAAACUUGGAGGCAACGGGUGGCCAGAAAUGGUGCCAGCUUAUAGCAUAUCAAAGGCAACACUCAAUACCUACACUAGAGUUCUUGCCAAGAAAUACCCCAACAUGUGCAUAAACUGCAUCCACCCUGGAUAUGUCAAGACAGACCUGAAUUGGCACACUGGAAUGAUGACAGUCGAAGAGGGAGCUAAAGGUUCAGUCAUGUUGGCUCUCCCACCUGAGGGAGGUCCUACUGGUUGCUAUUUCGAUAUCACGAAAAUAGCUGAGUUUUGACUAGCCAAUUUCCUCAUGUAUGAACUCUGUGCAUGCCCUGUGAUGCCACCCACCAGUUAUCUCUUCUUUUGGUAAAUUGAUCAUCGAACAUCAUAAACAGUGGAUGGACAGUAUGCUUUCGUUUGUUGUGUGGUUUUGCUUAACCAGUUAAUAAUGCUGUAAC